AUGUCUGAGCUAAUAUCUACCAACAGACGCACAUAUGUACAGUCGACAUCAUCUGCGCAGGUACAAUGCAAGUUUUGUCAGGAAUCUUUCUCUACUCGUGGCAUCAAGUCCCACGAGGGGAGCUGUUCACGGAAGCGGGAGAAGAAAUGGCGCAACAAGGAGUUUGCUGAGGCUGCAGCUCAGGUACUUGAGACCCAAAAGAAAGCGGAUGAUCAGCACAUCAAUGACACAACAAAUGUUGAAUAUGUUGAUAACACUUUGCAUGAUGACGUGGUGUAUGGCACUGCUGACGAUAUUAUGAGUAUUGGGGGAGAUUCAAGACUACGAUCAGGCUCGGACACAAGCAUGUCGACAAGUAUAAUUGGGUCUGUAGCAGCAACUGCAGUCCCUAUCACUUCUGACACGUUCAAAACUGAGUAUCACCCAAACAGUGGACAUGCCCCAACCAUUGAGACCUUCUCGACCUUUGGACAGUCCAUCAAGGCAGAGGCUAGCUCCCCACCCAUCGUCGAUAAUAAACCAUGGGAACCUUUUACUUGUCGCGCAGAUUUUGAGUUCGCGGAACUCACGCACAAAGCAGCACUCAAUAAGGAUCAAACAGACAAGAUGCUGCAGUUGAUAUGGCAGAUCGCCAAGGGUCAUGCAAAGUUCACGUUCAGAUCUCAUGCUGAAGUGUCCAAAGCUUGGGAUCAAGCAGCCACCCAGAUGACGCCUUUUGAGAAGCAUGUCAUCUCGGUCCCAUACAAGAAAGAGGAACUAGAAUUUGAUGUACAUACACAGCCGCUGUGGGAUUGGGCUUUGGACUUGCUGCAAGAUCCAUUGCUAGCGCCACACUUUGUUUGGGAUGUGCAGUGUCUAUACAAACAUGAUGGUAUCGAUUUCAAACAGUUUAUUUAUGAACCUUGGACUGCAGAUCAGUGGUGGCAAAUUCAAUCAUCAUUGCCGAACAAUGGUGUUCCGUUUGCUUUCAUCCUCUACGCUGACAAAACCCAUUUCACCGUGUCUGGGCAUGUGAAGGCAUACCCAGUAAUAGCCCGCUGCGCGAAUCUUCCUGUUCACAUAAGAAAUGGUGACGGAAUUGGAGGAGGCCGUGUGGUCGGCUGGCUACCAAUUGUUCCUACAGAUUCUAACAAUGAUGGCAAGCUCAGCUAUACGAAUCUUAAACGUGUCAUCUGGCACAAGGCGUUUAUCAAGUUGUUGGAGUCCAUUAUCCUGUGCUCCAAAACAGGUUUUGCACACAAAUGUUUCAAUACCACCAUGUGGUGGUUAUACCCACUAAUUCUACUUCUGUCUGCAGAUUAUGAAGAACAAUGUGUGAUGGCGCUAAUACAUGGGCUGAAUUCAAAUUGUCCCUGCCCUGUCUGUCUCAUUCCCUCGACCAAACUUACUGAUCUCAGAACAGCAUAUCCUACUCGAACCGUUGAGGACACGAAAGCUUUCCUAGAGUUAUAUUCAAGGGACCGCGUUGCUGGAGAAGCAGUACUGAAGGUAUACGGUUUACGUCCUAUUGCAAAUGCGCUCUGGGAGGUUGAGAACUCCGAUCCUCAUGAGACUCUCUCAUUUGAUCCUUUACAUGUAAAUGACCUCGGUAACUGGGGCGCCCACCUUUUUGAGGAGCUCAAAACCCGCGUGAAGGCUCUUGGUCGUGAAGCUGAGGCGAAGAUCGAUGAACAGUUCAACACAUUUCCACGAUGGUGUGACUUGAACCAUUUCAAGUCUGUCAUAACGAUAUCGUUUAGCGACGGCAACAAACUUAGGGAUAUUGCUAAGCAAAUGCUGUAUGCAGCGCAAAAUGUAUUGAUGCGCAAUGAAGAUCCUGUUGGCUAUGCACUGUUGCAGUGUAUAGCUAGCUACCUGCAACUGACCAUGUACAUAGCGCUUGAUGUACACACUGAAGCCACACUUGCUGCAGGAGAAGCAAAGCUCCUAGCAUAUAUCGACCUCCAGGGUGAAGAUUUGACCAAGAACUGGAAUUUUCCCAAGAUGCACGCUCUGAUAUAUGCUUUCCCUGACAUCCGCAUGAAAGGAGCAGCACACAAUUUCACAUACCUGCGUCAAACAAACCGUAAGGAUGUCGCCAAUCAGGUCCUCAAGCUUGAUUAUAUCAGUCUGGUUUCUGAACUGAUCCAGAGUCGUAUUUCCCAGCUCGAUGAAGAUCAGCGUAGACGCACAAUGUCUGAGGGAGAACUUGAAGAUGAGGAUACACUAGAUGAUCAACCGUUCUCAGGUCAUCUCCACAUCGGUGCUCCUCAAAUUCCUGUCAGUCUUGCUGCAGUGGAGGAAGGCAACACAUCAAAUCGCACAUUUCAGGAUUUCCGAAAGAAGUUCGCAAAGUUCCUGAAUAAUUUCUUUGUUUCAAACAACAUUCCUUUGGCCGAUGGCAUUACAUGGUUACGGCCUACAGCUAAUGACAAGCUCCAAGAACAUCGCUACCUCAAGGUAAACUAUGAGUCUACUGUCGAUUGGAAACUGGCUACCGACUAUCUCCGAUGUAAUCCAAGUUUCCACAGGUGUGAACAUUGUGAUUGUGCCUUGAUCCGCACCCUUGACAAAGACGGGAACAACAAGAAUAUCUUUGUCCGGAUAUUGUUUAUGUUCAAGUUUACAGUCAGCAAUCAUGCUCUCGAACUCACAUUAGUCUUACCUAUGGAUGCUCCCACUGGUUCAAGACGCAGCGUGGACCGUGAUCUAGGGCUAACUCGUCUUCGGGCACGCCCUCUAGCUUCAUCCGAAUUCAUUUCCCUACAAUAUAUCAUUUGCGGCGCGUCACUUGUACCAGACUAUGAUCGGGAUGGUGACUUUUUCCUUGUCGAUCUUGUUGAUAUGGACAUGUUCCUCCGUACAAAAGGUUUGAGGUCCUCCUAG